AUUGCUUCCUCAAUUACCUGCACAACCAUACGGUUAAGAUCGGCAAAAAGAUUUCCGUUUUCUAUCACCCCGGUCGCUGCGGUUAGUAACUAAGUUUCCUAGUUUGGACGCCGCGUGAUGGCUUCGAUAUCGGAUGUGAUAAAGGUACAACGUGCGGUGCACGAUCCAGCCAAUCCGCUCGUGUACUUUGAUGUAAAAGUCGGCGAAGAAAGCGUCGGCCGAAUCGUAAUUGAGCUGCGCGCCGAUGUUGUGCCGAAAACGGCGGAGAAUUUUCGGGCCUUGUGCACGGGCGAGAAGGGCACCGCUCCCAGGACCGGCACACGGUUACACUACAAGGGCAGCAAAUUUCAUCGUGUAAAAUCACUGUUCAUGUCGCAGGGUGGCGAUAUCGUUAACUUCAACGGAACGAGCGGCGAAAGCAUUUACGGCGACACGUUCGAGGACGAAAAUUUCACCCUCUUGCACGAAGAUGGCGCUGUUUCGAUGGCUAACCUUGGCAAACCGCACACGAAUAACUCGCAGUUUUUCAUCACGUCCGGCGAGUGCCCGCACCUGAACGGGACGAAUGUGGUGGUCGGGUAUGUGAUCCGCGGCGGUGGAAUCGUUGGCGAAAUGGAGCGCCAUUCGACGGAGGACGGCGAUCCGAUGGUAGCGAUAGUGAUCGAAAACUGUGGUCAACUCGUACACGGGUCUGACUGGGGCAUCGACGACGGUGAUGAUCCGCACGACCGCUUGCCACCAUUUCCAGAGGAUUGGGACAAAUUUUAUGACCUCUUCACAGUGGAAGAAAUGCUGCAGUACCUUAAUGCAAUUCGAAACGUCGGCAAUCGAUACUUUCGCGAGGAGCAGGCCGUGCUGGCAAACCGGCGGUAUAAAAAGGCGGAACGGUACUAUAACUACUUCAGCAAUCAGCUCAACAAGCAGUCUCGACGCGACUCCGAGCAACGGACGCGGCUAGAGCAGUUUCACCUUCUCAACUGCCUCAACCAGGCGGCCGUUCGGUUGCGGUUAAAAGAAUUCACAAAUGUAGUACACGCGUGCAGUGCGGCCCUCGCCAUAGACCCGGAGAACGCGAAGGCACUGUACCGCCGCGGCCUGGCCCAAAACGAACUACGCAACUACGAGCUGGCUCUGGAAGACUUGGGGCAAGCUUUGCAGCGGCUUCCCGACGACCGGUUAAUACAGAGCGAGUACGAUCGGACACGCAAGAGCAUCCACGAGUACACGCAGCAGCAGCGAAAAGCGCUCUCGAAGCUGUUCCAAUGACGUGACAAACCCGUCGUGGAGUUUCUGUUGGUUUUCUUGGCGGGAGCGUUGAGUGUGUUCCUAAUUUUGACCGUGAACGCUGACAUGGACGGUGUAUGUAAAUUCGAUGUGGUUCUCGUACGGUUUUUGUUGUUGAAAUAAAUGUUA